CUUCAAUUGUGCGUGAAGCUCCCGAAUCCUGAGGCUACCAUUUGGCCGGUGGACUCUCUUCUACUACUCCCAAUCACUGGUCGACUUUCUCUCUCCCUGAUCGUCUAUAUGGCAAAGCAUCCACGCAAAAAGCAGAGGACAGCCAAGGCCUCUGGGGAUGCUCCCGGCCCUGCCAAUGUACAACCACUUGGGUCUAAGGUAUCACUUCUAGACGAUUCGAGUAAAGAUGAUGAGGAGCGAAGGCUGGAGAGCAUGCUGUUUGGCACGGCUUAUGACCCCUCGUCAAGUAAAGGCAAGGGGGUCUUGGUGGUUUCGGACGAAGACGAUGAGGAUGUCGACCAGAGAGGCGAGAAGGAGCUGCAAAACAUGUUGGACACAGACCUUUUCUUCGUAGACGACGCGGUAGGUCAACGGCCAGACCUCGACGUCCAGUCGGAACCAGACGCGGAACAAUCGAACGACGAAGACGAGGAUGCUUGGACGGGUGAAGAGGCAACACGGAGUACGCAUGAGAAUCGGUCUGAAAAGGAGGGCGACGACGAGUCGCAGAGCGACGAUGAAGAGAGUGAAGCAGAAGCACCUACUGCCUCGAAAAGGAAAGGUCCUGCAUGGACAGACCCAGACGACCCUUCACUGCAAGUCUCCCUGGCUGGUGAAAAACGGAGACGGAAGCUUCGUGAUGCUGCUACGGAGGACGUGGUUGGAGGGCGAGACUACGAGCGACGUUUGCGACGGCAGUUCGAGAAGAUCAAUCCCACACCGGAGUGGGCAGCCGCUGCACGCAAGAAGCUUCGUCCUACGAAGGCAAAACGGAGAAGACCGUCUACUUCCUCUGCGUCGGAGACGGAUGAGGACGAGGCGCUCCCGGAUGUCCUAGCGGAUGCGAAGGGCGUUCUGCAGCAGGGACGGAAGGCCAAUGCGAUUCCUCAAGGCAUACUCUCUAUCGAGCGCCUGCGCGACGCAAAUUUGGCUGCGAAGUCUGAGGGCGAGGUCAAGGCAGUUCAGUUCCAUCCAUCUCCUGAAGUGCCUGUCCUCCUAGUCGCGAGCGCCGAUCGACGGCUCAGAUUAUUCAACAUAAACGGACACACAAAUCCACAUCUUCAAACUGUCCAUAUACCGGAACUCCCUGUGACAACAGCUAUGUUCCACCCUGGCGGCACGUCCAUACUUCUUACAGGACCGCGCCCGUUCUACUACACGUACGACCUCAUGUCCGGUACAACAUUACGCUCGCCCCGCGGUCUUUGGGGCACGACCUUCGCGAACACGAAUCCAGCUGCCCAGGACGCGAGCAUGGAGAUCUGCGCGUUCGAGCCUUCAGGAGAGGUGUUGGCCGUCGCGGGCCGCGGCGGUCAGAUACACCUGGUGGACUGGCAAGCAGGUCAGGGUCAAGUCGUCGGUAACGUCAAGAUGAACAGUGCAGUAAAGAGCCUCUGGUGGGCCACCGAUGGUAGCGGGCAGCUGAUGACCUUGGGGGAGGACUCCGAAGUAUAUGUCUGGGAUGUGGGCGAACGGAAAUGCGUCAAACGCUGGAAAGACGAUGGUGGCUUUGGCAGUCGGCUUAUGCAAGGUGACAAUGCUGGGAGGUACCUUGCAACUGGUUCUCGGACAGGUAUCGUCAACGUGUAUGGUUCCGAAGGGGUCUCACCUCUUGGAUCGAAUAACCCGAAGCCCUUGAAGACGCUUGGGAAUCUCACGACCGCCAUUACGUCUCUGCGCUUCAAUCAUAACUCCCAGUUGCUCGCGAUCGCCAGCAACACCAAGAAGGAUCAAAUGCGCAUGAUCCAUUUACCAACGCUGACGGCGUUCUCGAAUUGGCCAACCUCGAGUACCCCAUUGGGUCACGUUACGAGCGUAGACUUCUCGGCGCGGAGCGAGUAUGUUGCCAUUGGGAACAACCGUGGUCGCGUUCUCUUGUACCAGCUCAAAGAUUUCAGCGCACAAUGACACUGAUAGCGGAUGCUUGGGAUAUAUGGUCUUGCGCGCGCGUGGUAGACAAGACGUCGGUUUGUCGCAUCAUGGACCUUUGGGCAGCCGCAGUUGAAACG